AUGCCCAGUGACGAGCUGUUACAAGCCAAAUUUUCCUAUUUGAUCGAAAAUAGGGGCCAAGGCGAUGGUGGUGGUUACCAGAGGGGGCGACCAACAAAGACGGGCAAGCACUUCCAUCGCACUUCGCUUCUCAUUAAGGCCUUUAACCACAAGUUUCGUUUGGAUCUCGAGCUUAACACGCAACUCAUCGCACCCAACAUUAUGCAGAAACACUUUUUGGCAAACGGUGCCGAACAGGUUUCAAAACAGGACAUCGAGCACUGUUACUACCACGGAACGGUGCAAGAUUAUCCAGGUGCGACGGCGGCCUUCCACACGUGCAACGGAGUUAGCGGCGUCAUCCACGUUGGAAACGAGACCUUCGUCAUCCACCCUUUUUAUGGAGGAGAUCUCUCGAAACAUCCUCACGUGAUAUUCGAAGCGAGGACGAAGGCCAACAAGGGAUGUGCGAACUCCGGCGCGAUGGAGUGGCGCCUCAAUCAGAACGUCCAUUCGGGCUUUCUGCCCCGUGCCAAUCUCAAGAUCAAGAGGGACGUGCGGGAGGCCACCAAGUACAUCGAAACGGCGAUGGUCAUCGACAAGGCGAUGUUCGAGAAGAGGAACGGCAGCACCCGCAUCGACGUCGUCCACGACUCCAUACAAGUGGCCAACAUCGCCGACCUCUACUUCAGGACGCUCAACACCAGGGUCUCGGUGGUCUACAUUGAAACGUGGCAAGGUGGGAAUCAGGCCCAAAUCGACCGUAACCAAGACAUAGGGAAGGCCCUAUCGAAUUUUAAUGAUUACACCUCGAGAAAGUUGUUCAAAGUGGAUAAGGACACGACUCAGCUGUUAACGGGGGAGGUUUUUGUGGGGGGCGAGGCCGGAAUGGCGGUGCCGGCGACAGUUUGCACCCCGAAAUCCGUCGGAAUCAGCGUCGAUAUUAACACCUAUGAGCCCCAUCUGCUCGCAGGAACCAUGGCGCACAUGAUCGGACAUAACAUCGGUAUGGGCCACGAUGACGGGCGGGAGGAGUGCUUUUGCAGGGACUGGCACGGGUGCAUUAUGGCCCAGGCCAUAGUGGGGCUGGAUAACGUGCAGCCAUACAAAUUCUCCGAGUGCAGCAGGUCAGAUUAUAUUGACAGACUGAGGACGGGCAACGGGAUUUGUUUGUUGAACAAACCCAACGAGUUGGAGACCCACCGGUCGUGCGGUAACAGCGUGGUGGAGGAGGGCGAGGACUGCGACUGCGGCAGCAUCGACAACUGCCACAAAGUCGAUCCCUGCUGCGACCCCAUCACCUGCAAGCUGACCAAGGAGGCGCAAUGCGCCUCGGGGCCGUGCUGCGAGAACUGCCGCCUCAAAGAGCGCGGCGUGGUGUGUCGGGACCCGUCGAACGAGUGCGACCUGCCCGAACUGUGCACCGGGGAGUCGGGCGAGUGUCCCGCCGACGUGUUCAAGAAGAACGGCAGCCCCUGCGGCAAGAACACCGGAUAUUGCUUCAACGGCAACUGUCCCACGUUGACGCUGCAGUGCGAGAACAUCUGGGGAUACGGUGGCAUAGCGGCGGAUUCGGAGUGCUUCGAGCAGUUCAACUCCAAAGGGUCGAUCAACGGUCACUGCGGCAGCGACUCCAAUGGAAGGUUCCUGAAGUGCCUGCCCGAGAACGUCAAGUGUGGCUCCUUGCAGUGUCAGCAGGGUAACCGGUACCCGACCAUCGACGGACUCGACGACCUCUACGCCCGCACCAUUAUCAGCAUCAAAGGCGUCGAGUACGAAUGCAAGACGACGACUGGCACGAACGAAAAACUGGACCUGCCCCACUUGGGACUGGUGAGGGACGGCACGCCUUGUGGAGAAAACCUCAUAUGCCUUAAUCAAACUUGCUCGAGCAUAUUUCCCCAUGUGAAGCAAGAAAAGUGUCCAUCUAAUGACAAUAAAGUCGAAUGUUCUGGACAUGGAUACUGUACAAAUCAGAACAAGUGCUACUGCGAAAUGGGGUGGACGGGAAGCGAUUGCUCAAUCCAACAGGAAAUGAUACCCGCGCCUCCGUUGCCCACGCCCCCGAUCGACAUAACCACGACCAAUUUGCAAGAGCACAUGAAGAAAAAAGAAACCCCCUACGAGGACUAUCACGGGUCGAACACGAUAUUUCUCGUUUCUACUCUCAUGUCGGUGGUAGGGGGUGUAUUCAUUGUGUUCGCAACAAUGGCACUUUGCUACAGGUCAGUCGUAGUACACAAAAACUUCUCGCUCUGUCUCAGGAGGCAGAAUUUGCGUAAAUACCAAACCGAGUACAAUAAACCGCUGCCGAAAACUUACCUGCCGGCUGGAAAUCACUCGCAGGAGGACUAUCUAAAUGAGACCGCCGCCAUGGCUGAGUUUAGCCGCGCCGAUUCGCAAAGAGUCUUAUUCCGACCGUCGAACCACAUGGGAACCGGAGGACCAGCUCAUUACCCGGAACAGUUGCAACGGAGAGGUGUCGGUUCGACGAACGAAGACGAGAUCCAUGCAGUCGAGGACGACUCCGUGUCGUUCAUAGACCUGAAGCACAACAACCUCAAGCUGCCGGAGAAGAAGGGCAUCCUGAAAAAGACCGACUACGGCAUGAUGAUGGGCAGCAGCGAGGGCGGCAAGAACGGGUGGGGCGACGGCGCCCAAUCCGAGGAGCUGAUGACCCAGGCGGAGAUGAACAUGAGCCAGGUGAUCGGGUCCGGCGGCCCGUCGGACGUCGAGCGCACCCUCAAGACGCUCAACGGCUACCACGAGGACAUCAUCAAGGCGCUGAGGAACGCGGCCAGUCGCAAGGACACGACCACCCCGUCGGGCAGCACGUGCACGUUGAGCGACGAGCUGCUCAGGCGGAGCCUGCAGCAGUGCGCCGAGAGCUACUCCAAGUACGAGAGGAGUGGAAGCCAGGAAAAGGUGGUGAUAGAGCACGAAGACGAGGACGACGACGAAGUCCCUCCGUGCGGUCCCCUCCGAAUCCGUAAUCUGGAGGACCUCAUUAGACAGUUGGAGCACCACUCCCGACACAUGAGCCCCAGCGGCAGCGAAGACAUCAGGAUGUCAGAGACGGAGGCUGACAGACACUAUCGACAGGAGUCCUCCUCCGCCUGCAGCGAAAGCUCCCACCAAUCGCAUGGUAGGGAAUCGCGGUUCGUCUACGGCCGGUACCGACAGCCGUCCGGACGACUGCCCUAUCCGCAUCCGCACGCCCACUCCAUGCACCAGGCCGAGGAGGAGAGCAUCUACGAGAGCGCCGACCACGACAGGGGAGUGCCGUGCGGCGACACCCCCGACAGCGAAAGUGAUGAAUUUAUUCAAGCUCAGCAACAGCUAGCCCGGUGGGCUAGUGAAGACGCCGUCGUCCAGGCGUCGACGAGCGCGGCGUGCGUGCCGCAGGGCGUCGCCUCCGUGGUGGGAGCGGUGCCCCGCGAAUAUUACCCCUCGCCGAGCAGCUCGACCAGCGAGGAGCCGCCCAGCAUCGCGAGGGCGCCCCAGCCGCCGGGCCUGCUGCCGCCCGGGCCCCCCCAUCCGGACCACGCGACCAUCCACCGCCCCAAACGUUAUCCCGAAUAUAAACACUGAUAGUGACUGGACGGGAGAGCGCCGUGGGGCGCCGACGAGGGGCGGUCGUGCGGCGUCGUUGUCGCGCGUCCCUCGGCCUUUUAUCGGCGCGCCAGAUUUCCCGUCAUCGAGCGACGGCGACUGAGGUUGGCGCUGCCUCCGGCGACGGCGGUCGCGAGACCACUCGAGGUUUAGGCGGGGACUUCCGAUCCUCUCCGUAUUGAUCACCGGUUCAUUAUUGACGAGUCGUUACUAAGAUUAAUCACGUACUACUAAACCUCAUAAGUUAUGUUAAAAAUAAUGUUGCCCCCCACGGUGAAUAUGUUGUGGAUGUUUUGUGGAUGGAGGAUCAGAGGUUUCCGCAUCGCGUGCAACGCUGGACGUUUGGACCAAUCGUAACCUAUUAAAAUUUUUGUACAUAUAUGACGUAGUUCCCGACGUGGCUCCAUCGAUGAUUGUAUGUAGGAUUAUAUUCUAAAAUGUUUAUAUAUAUAUAUAUAUAAAUAAAAUUUUUGUUUCCGGAAUCCGAGUUCUUCGUUCGGACGUUCGAAUUGGAAGUUGAUUGUGGUAAAGUGCUUCACUGUGUACACUUUUAUACUUAAAUCCCACCGACUGCGCCAAACACGACACAACAACACAGUUUACGACAACAAUUAGACACACAAUUAAACUUUACCACACACCACAGUAAAGUCUGUCUUGAGGGAAGUUGAAACACUCGUACCCUAAUUGGCAAGUGAUCGAUUAUUAUUUUAAUUACUGUUAUUAUUAUACAUUAUAGGGCGGCGUCGCCGCACUUAACAACCAAACUGGUAUAGCUUUAAUAUCUUAGACGUAGCCGUUACCUCAAAAUUUAUUAUCGUACGACGAACCCGACUUAAGGAGCAUGACAACUCGGAUUCGAGGCAGGAUCGAUGGACCGCGAACUUUUUGUAAAUGAUCCGAGACUGGUCCAAACUUCGGUGGCCGAAUACGAACAAAAAGUAUAUAAUUAAAGACUGAAGUCCACGGACUAAAAACCUCGCCCCACUAAAUAAAAGAAAAAAAUUAAAAUAAACGGUCGGUGAACAAAAAGGACUCAAUAAAUAACCCAACGUGUUAAGUGUGUUGUGUGCAGCCAUUUUGACUGACUUUUGACUGUUAUAGUUGUUGACUUAUUUAAAGACAAUUACAUAUAUCUAAAAAAAAAGCGGUUAUCCCUGCAUGUUUCACGGUAACACGACUAACAUAAAUGAUUAAUGUUAUUUUAUAUUCAAUUACGUUGGUAGUGUCUUUAGUGAAGUCGUACUUGCUUUUGCUUUUGUUUUAAAGUGGAUACGGUGAAAUGUGCAGUUACUCGCCCCAAAACGUGCAAAAUUUGCAUGCAUAAUUCUAAAUUUGUGGUGUUUAAGAAAAUGACUCCAUUUAUGCCUUAGUUGACGACAUAUCUUGUUAUUCGGGCUAACGGGGAUGAAAAAAAAAAAAGAAAAAGCAACGGUGGCCGGAAAAAUGACGCAUGUCCGCACACAUUAUAAUCACGAAGAUCUUUCGGUGACAAACGAUUUUUUAUUGUAGAUUGUAAGUUAGUCACAAUUUCUAUUUAGUGAUAUUUCACAGAGCCCAAAGCCCAGAGCCUCACUGGCC